AUGUUACGAACAGGCGGUCUUGGCUCUCUCAGGCUCAGGAUAUAUUCUGAAUAUGCCCCCAAGUUUCUGAGUCCAGGAAACGGUCUUUUCUACACUAGAGCCUUUUCGUUAUCAUCUACCGUAUUAAAAGAUAUCGAUGGUCUUGAUUCACUUCACUUGCUCGAGAAGGAGACCUAUCGUGAUAUUAAGAGACAACGACCGGCAAAAGGAAAGAAGUCACCACCUGGGCCGAACACUCGACCUGGUAGCAUUACCCCAAAACAUUUUGGCAAGAAAAGACCAUCUCGAGCACCUCCUAGUCGAGUGACUCUAGGGCAGCGUGAACCAGGUGCUAAACCGACUUUUAGAUCGCGACGUGAAUAUGAAAAGAAAAAUGAAGAACAGGUUAACAGAAAUCGACAAAAUAGCUCUGCUAAAGUUCCAAAACCAAGCUCGGCUGAGGUUCAAGAAUAUAUCGCAAAAAGUCCUGAACAAUGGAAAUCAAGACGAACACUCACAGAUCCCAAGCGAUUUUCCAAAGACAACGCAGGUUCCAGUUCCGAGACCACAAAUCAAAAAAUCUCACCAGCAAAUUCACCGUUUCCCAACUUUUUUCCUCAUGAAACCCCGUACUUUCGAUCUUUUGAAUUAGAUUCUUCCCAGCUUAGUUAUGAACCACUAGAGGUACCAGAUCAACCUCCAGUACCAAAACUUGCCCAUAACCUUGAUCGUGUACUAUUUAGUCCUGGAGUCCAUGUCCUCAAAGAUAGACGUUCAAACGUUUACAAUUUUACUCCUUACCUCGAAAACAUUAUGUCUAUCAAAGAUUUCGACUUUGAUUUCAUAGCCAAGUAUGUGCCUUCAGGAAAGGAUUCUAUCUUGUCUAAACUAGCUAAAGAGAACGGCAAGAAAUAUACUGGAUCAACUAGUAGUCUGACAUCAGUACUCUCACAGUUCCAUCACCUUUUGUCACAUCGACGUAAGCCACAUACCAUGGCCCUCUCCAAAUAUUUUCAGUCUCAGCAAGUUGCAUUUUCAGCUAUUCAGACCCAGCCAGUAUCGAUAUUCCUGAGAUACAAUCCCAAUACCGAUACACACUCUAUCGACUCUGACAAAUCCUACAGUGGGGAUAUCAUUGUAUCUGUUUUGGGACACCAGUUAGAAGCCAUGCUAACUACUGAAGAGGAGGAAUUUCGAAAUUACCACAAGAGUUUAUCUCACAAAUUAGACUCGUCGAAAAAGGGCGGUUUAAACACAUACAACUAUACCCAAUCUGGUGACUUUCUAAUGAGAUCUCAGUUGGACUGCUAUGAUGAACGAUUACCAGGAACAGGUACUUUUGAUUUAAAGACUAGAGCUGUUUGUGCUGUUAGACACGAUAUGGAUUAUACUCAAAUCCAUGAUGGAUCCGACUAUCAAAUAACCAAAAUUGAUGGUGAAUUUGAAUCAUUUUCGCGAGAAUGGUUUGAACUCAUUAGAUCUACUAUGUUCAAAUACUCACUACAAGCACGUAUUGGCAGAAUGGAUGGAAUUUUCCUUGCUUAUCACAAUGUGCGAAGAAUGUUUGGAUUUCAAUACGUGCCACUAUCUGAAAUCGAUCAAAUUUAUCAUACCUCGGAUUUGAUUGAGUCCCAGCAAGAUCUUAGAGACAUUGAUCCUUCGAACGUAAGUUCAUUUGUCCCUCUAGACGAACAGAUUGCCACAAGUGGACCAAUCAUCGCUGAGAAUGAGUUCAAGCUUUCACUCAAGAUGUUCAAUGAGAUUUUGGACAAGAUAGUUGCUUCGCAUGAGCCGGCGGCUUCUUUCAACCUUGUUUUCCAUACCGUUUCUACUGGUAGAAUGCAAGUAUUUGUUAAGCCCAUGCUUGAAAAAGAUAUUGAAGUGAUUCAAGAAACUGGUUGCGAUACAGAGCCUAAAACCGGGGAAGAGUACUCUAAUAAUUCUGAUCCUCACACUAUUCUUAUGCACGGUAACAAAAAUCCAGAAGUUUUACCUCCUGAUGUAAAAGUUUACCAGGUAGACAUUCGAACUUAUGUCAAUGAUAAAUUUGUACCAGGAGAUAAGUACCCACACCUGUCAAGUGAUUCUGAUGUCUGGAAAGUUCAAUGUGAGAUGUCUCAACUUCGUCAGCAGGGCGCCGAACGACGAUUUUCGAGAACGUUUUCUAUGCAUAAAAUUGAAAAUCGCAUCACUUCUGUACCUCAAACCGAGAGGUUAGACGAGGAGCAAGAAGAGACCAUCCGUAACGAAGCUCUUUCCAAACUAUCACCACCAAAUGCCAAACAAGGUUAUCUCAGAUUUCUGGGUGCCAAAGGCGAACGAUUGCAGAGAGAAUGGGAAGCCCAGCACGGACACAAAGAGAAGCAUGUUUGGAGGCCCAGUUAG